AUGGCCGACACAAUGAGUGCAGAGGCGAAGUUGGCGCUGAUCAACGAGAACCUCCAGGAGGUGCUGAACCCGGAGAUCAUGGAGGCAGUGGUCAACAAGGGGGAGCGCCCGCUCAGGAUCUACUGGGGCACCGCGACGACCGGCAGGCCGCACUGCGGCUACUUCGUGCCCAUGCUCAAGAUCGCGCAGUUCCUGCAGGCGGGCUGCCACGUCAAGAUCCUGCUGGCCGACAUCCACGCCUUCCUGGACAACCUCAAGGCGCCCAUCGAGCUGGUCAACCACCGCGCCAAGUACUACAAGUUCGUCAUCACCGAGUCGCUCAAGGCCGUCGGCGUGUCGGUCGACCGGCUCGAGUUCGUGCUCGGCAGCAGCUACCAGAAGGGCGAGGACUACAUGAUGGACCUGCUGCGCCUGAGCACCAUGACCACCGAGCACGACGCCAAGAGGGCCGGUGCCGAGGUCGUCAAGCAGACGGACAACCCGCUGCUGUCCGGUCUGCUCUACCCGCUCAUGCAGGCCCUGGACGAGCAGUACUUGGAUGUGGAUGUUCAGUUUGGUGGCGUGGAUCAGCGGAAGAUCUUCGCUCUGGCGAAAGAGGCGUUGCCGAAGCUGGGCUACAAGGAGAGGGCGCACAUCAUGAACAGGAUGGUGCCCGGUCUGCAGGGAGACAAGAUGUCGUCGUCGGACCCGGACUCGAAGAUCGACCUGCUCGAUGGCCCGGAUGCGGUAAAGCGCAAGCUGAAGAAGGCGUUUGCUGAGCCCAAGACUGUUGAGGGCAACGGUCUGCUGUCCUUCGUUGAGUACGUCCUGCUGCCGGCGGGCGCUCUCGAGGGUGGCAAGCCCGCCUUCACCGUUCAGCGCCGCGAGGGCGAGCCGCUUGUCUACACCGAUGCCGAGAAGAUCAAGGCGGACUAUGCCGCCGAUGUCCUUACUCCGCAGCUGCUCAAGUCGGGUGUUUCUGAAGCCAUCAGCACGUUGCUUGCCCCCAUCCAGGCUGCCUUCAAUGCUUCUCCGGAGUGGCAGGAGAUCGAGAAGCUGGCCUACCCGCCGGUUGUUGAGGAAAAGAAGAAGAAGGAAAAGAAGGUGAAGAACAAGGGCAGCCGCUACCCCGGCGGUGCCAAGAACGUUGAGGCUCAAGCUGAUGGCAGCGUUGAGGGCAAGGAUGCCCAGGAGGUUAGCGUGGGUAAGAACGCGCAGGAGGCUCUGGAAAAGCUCGACCUCGCCAAGGAGGAGGUCAAGGCAUGA